UCGUCGCCUCUCAAUUGACGUUUCCGUCUCUUAGAAUUGUAGGGAAAUGAGUGGAGACAUACGAUUGAAUGCGUUCGGUGACGAACAACUCACUGACGAUCCUGACGUGAACGUGAUGUUCGAAGUUAGUUGGGAAGUUGCGAACAAAGUCGGUGGCAUCUACACUGUCAUCAAAACGAAAGCAGGAGUUACAGUUGAUGAACUGGGAAGAUGUUACUUCCUUCUUGGUCCAUACAAUGAAGUGAGAGUUAGAACUGAAGUUGAAAUCAUUGAACCGGAAGGUGGAAUUCUGAAGGAUGUGUUUGAAUCAAUGAGAAGUCAUGGGCUCAAAGUCAUGUGUGGGCGUUGGCUAAUUGAAGGAUGCCCAAAUGUUGUUCUGUUUGAUAUCGGCUCGUCAUGUCACUUCAUGGACCAAUGGAAAAAAGAGUUUUGGGAAGCAAGUCAUAUAGGAUGCCCAAAUGAGGAUUGUGAGACGACUGAUGCAAUUAUGUUUGGGUUCCUUGUUUGUUGGUUUAUUUCAGAGUAUCGCAGGCGAAUGAAACCAAAUGCGAUUGUAAUCUCGCAUUUUCACGAGUGGCUAACAGGAGUUGCAGUAAUUCUUCUCAGAACUCGCCAUGUUGAUGUCUCCACCAUAUUUACAACACACGCUACUUUGUUGGGACGGUAUCUGUGUGCAGGAUCAGCAGAUUUCUACAACCACUUGGCAUUUUUUGAAGUUGACAAAGAGGCAGGACAACGGAACAUUUACCAUCGAUAUUGUCUGGAAAGAGCAGCAGCCAACUUUGCUCACGUAUUCACAACAGUUUCUAAAAUCACUGCUGAUGAAGCUGAGCAUCUCUUAAAGAGACGACCAGAUGUAGUCACUCCAAAUGGAUUGAAUGUUGUGAAGUAUAGUGCACUUCAUGAAUUCCAGAAUUUGCAUGCGAUUAAUAAAGAGAAAAUUCAUGAUUUUGUGAGAGGACAUUUCUAUGGUCAUUUUGACUUUGAUUUGGACAAGACGCUUUACUUUUUCUGUGCUGGCCGAUAUGAAUAUCGCAACAAAGGAGUAGAUGUCUUUCUGGAAGCUCUUUCAAAACUCAACCACAAACUUAAGGUGAGUGGCAGUGAGACAACAGUCAUCGCGUUUCUCAUCUUUCCUGCAACGACAAGCAACUUUAACGUCGACUCACUGAAAGGGCAAGCGGUCACCAAACAGCUAAGGGAGACAGUGAGUGACAUCCAAUCAGCAAUAGGAAAGAGGAUAUUCGAAUUGGCUCUCAGUGGUCAGUUGCCUCAGAGUGACGAGUUGCUGACACCAACCGACAUCAUGUCACUCAAGAGAUGCAUAAUGGCUGCACAGCGUUAUCACUUGCCGCCCAUUGUGACGCACAACAUGCAAGAGGAUUCGCGCGACCCGAUUUUGGGUCAGUUGAGACACUUGCAGCUCUUCAAUGGAAGAGCAGACAGAGUCAAAAUCAUCUUCCAUCCGGAAUUUCUUUCCUCCACGAGUCCACUCUUUGGUAUGGACUACGACAAGUUUGUACAAGGAUGUCAUCUAGGAGUGUUUCCAUCAUACUACGAGCCUUGGGGAUACACGCCAGCUGAGUGUACAGUAAUGGGUAUUCCAUCAGUCACUACAAAUCUCUCCGGCUUCGGUUGUUUCAUGGCCGAAAACAUCUCCAAUCCCGCAUCCUACGGCAUCUACAUCGUCGACCGCAGAUUCAAGAAUCCCGACGAAUCAGUGCAACAGUUGGCUGAUGUGAGCAGCCGUGCAUGCAGUUGUGUGAUUGAGUUGUCAGUCGAGUGUGUCAUUGUACAGUUUAUGACGGAAUUUGUCGCACAGACGAGACGACAGCGAAUCAUCCAGAGAAACAGAACGGAGAGACUGAGCGAGUUGUUGGACUGGCAACAGCUGGGGGAGUACUACACGUUCGCUCGUCGUCUUUCAAUCCACAAAUUGCAUCCCGACCGAUUCCCACUUCCUCUUCCAGUGGAACCCGGCCUCAGUGUACGUUAUCAUUAUCCUCGUCCGCUAUCGGAGCCACCGUCUCCACGUUCUUCGUCUCCCACUUUCUCCGAACUCGAUAUUGAUGAGGAUGCUGCUGACGUGGAAGACAGGGAAUACGAAGCCGAGAGAUUGAAGAACAAUUACUAAGAAUUGGAGUUUGAUCGCCGAAUUGAUGGAUUGGUAUUGUGGUUGUUGUCUUGAUGCACAAUGAAUUAAGCAUUUUGUAUGAGUGCCUUCAUAUAUUGA